GGGCAGGAAACUAUCAGGCUCCAUGUGGACCUGAAGGCAAAGCGACAAUCCCUCACUAUGUUACACCACAAUCUAAUUGAUCCAUGCGUAGACUUUCUUAUACGCAAACCACACACAUUCACUAACACAGUGACAUUGGUUUAUUAUCUGUGUUGAAUUCUGAGCUUAGUUUGUAACUUUGACAUAUUGGUACGUUUCAGCACCAGCUGCAUCUGAGAAUGAAGUCACUGGGAUUAUAGGAGAGUCUGUUCUCCUGUCCUGUGACCUGAAAUCAUCCACGGCCAUCGACACAGCAAGACUCCGGUUCCAUUGGCAAGACGAGUCCGAAAGAGUGUUGUACUCGUUCGAAAAAGGAGAAGAGAAUCAACAUCAGGAUAGCCUUUACACAAACAGAACUAAAGCCUUUCGGUCUGAGAUGAGUUCUGGGAAUAUGUCUAUCAAACUCAGCCAAGUAACACUUGAAGACAAGGAGAACGUCUACAGGGCUUUCGCUACACUGUUUGGCGAGAAUGAUAAGCAUAACCACCCGUGUCGCACUACCCUACUUGUGGCAGCACGGUUCCCGACACCCAGUGUGACUGUGAACAAGACAAAUAUGAAUUCCACGUGUUCAACCCAGAGGGGAUACCCACAACCAAUGGUCACAUGGACCAUCCAGGACCGUGGGAACCGCACUCUGGACCCGUGGGAAGUACAGACCAAUAUUACUCUGGAUUCUGAAAGUGGACUGUACAGCGUCUGGAGUCAAGUGAAUAUAACAGAAAAUCAGACGGUGACCUGCCAUAUCUUCAACCCCGUUCUGAGAGAGACUGUGAGCAACACAACCAUCGUCAGCCCCAGCAUUAACACAGACCCUGCAGGUGAUGUUCAGGAAGGCUUUACUCCCAUCAAUAUUACUCCCAUCAUUAUCACAAUAGUGAUCAUUCUAGUAUUGAUUCUGUUUUCCAUCGGGGGUUAUUUUGUGGACAAAAAACGUAAGUUACAAUUUCCGAUGUUUUACUUCUUGUAAUCAGAUUCAGUAUAAAGUUGUCUCAGUCUGUAAUUACUCUGUCAGUGCCACAUCUAAAUAUUUUAUUUCCGUGUACAUCCAAACACUAUAUUAUUUCACAUUUGAGGAGUGACCAGUAUGUGAAAAUCAGCUGGCCCUACAUACAUUUUAUUCUGUAGCUAGAUGUGCAUUGUUAAUUAUGACUAAAACACUGAACUAUGUGGUUAAAUAUGAAUAUAACACUGAUCCAUGUUGAUCUAGGUUGUGGAGCCAGCGGUGGAACCAUAAAAGUUGAAGUUGUCUCAGUCUGUAAUUACUCUGUCAGUGCCACAUCUAAAGAUUUGUUCUCCAUUUACAUUCAAAUACUAUAUUAUUUCACAUUUCAGGUGUGACCAGUAUGUGCUGGCCCUAUAUCAGGUAUGGUUGAUAUCAGCUGGCCCUAUAUACAUUUUAUUCAGUAGUUAGAUGUAUUGUUAAUUAUGACUAAAAACAAUGAUCCAUGUUGAUCUGGUUAAUUAUGACUAAAAACACUGAUCCAUGUUGAUCGAGGUUGUGGAGCCAGAGAUGGGGCCACAGGAGCCAGAGAUGGGGCCACAGGAGCCAGAGAUGGUGCUACAGGGCCACCAAUUUUCCACAGGAGCCAGAGAUGGUGCUACAGGAGCCAGAGGUGGGCCAACAGGAGCCCGAGAUGGUGCUACAGGAGCCAGAGAUUGUGCUACAGGAGCCAGAGAUGAGGCCACAGGAGCCAGAGAUGGUGCUACAGGAGCCAGAGGUGGUACUACAGGAGCCAGAGGUGGUGCUACAGGAGCCAGAGAUGGGGCUACAGGAGCCAGAGGUGGGGCCACAGGAGCCAGAGGUGGUGCUACAGGAGCCAGAGAUGGGUCCACAGGAGCCAGAGGUGGUGCUACAGGAGCCAGAGGUGGUGCUACAGGAGCCAGAGGUGGUACUACAGGAGCCAGAGGUGGUGCUACAGGAGCCAGAGAUGGGGCCACAGGAGCCAGAGAUGGGGCUACAGGAGCCAGAGAUGGGGCUACAGGAGCCAGAGAUGGGGCUACAGGAGCCAGAGAUGGGGCUACAGGAGCCAGAGAUGGUGCCACAGGAGACAGAGAUGGGGUUACAGGAGCCAGAGGUGGUGCUACAGGAGCCAGAGGUGGUGCUACAGGAGCCAGAGAUGGUGCCACAGGAGCCAGAGGUGGUGCUACAGGAGCCAGAGGUGGUGCCUCAGGAGCCAGAGGUGGUGCUACAGGAGCCAGAGGUGGUGCUACAGGAGCCAGAGGUGGUGCUACAGGAGCCAGAGGUGGUGCUACAGGAGCCAGAUGUCCAGUGGAACCGUGGCCUCCCUGACCAACCCUGAACCUAACGGCCGGCUGUCUAGGGAGUGCACGGGAAAAGGAGAAUCUAUCGGCACCAGCGGAACACCCAGCUUGAUGGCAAGUCCACGAUCCAUAAAGUCCCCAGCUGCACCUGAAUCAACUAGCUCCUUAUGCUGGGAAGAGGGGGAAAAAAAUUAAGGAAAAAAAUCAAGACAAACAUGUGACCAACAGGGGGUUCUGGGGUGACCGAGAAGCGUUUCGCCUGCCCUCUCGACUCCCAGACGGGCCCCCCCAGCACCGAUUGGCCGUUUUUUCGUCAGUUACACCUUCAUCAGAGCAUCAAAAGAUGUGCCAAAUGAUUUUAUAUAAAUUUUUGUAUGCAGUUGGCUAGGUGAUAAUUACAAUUGCCUCACCUGUGUGAGGGCGGUACAAAGUGGUAAAAAAACAACAUUAGUGAACCAAUGAUUGUUACAAUAUACAUCAAAUAUAUCUAUAAAUUCACAGAUCGGCAGAAUAAACUGGAUAAAUAUCAUGUUUUUCUUCUCCAAGGUGGCAUAGCAGUUCAGACGUCUUUUGUCCUCGUCUUGUCGUGUCCUGUAUAUAUAUAUAUUU